GCGGCGGCGGGGGGCGGCCCCUCCGCCGGGGCGGGAGGAGCGGCGGGUCGGCGCAGCCCCGCCGCCGGCCGGGGCGGGCAGAGCCGGCGCGGAGCGCAGGGGAGAGGCGGCCCGAUGGGGCGGCCGUCCGGCAGCCUGGCCCCGUUCCGCCUGCUGCUGCUGCUGGCGCUGGGGCACGCCUGGACCUACCGGGAGGAGCCGCAGGACGGCGACAGGGAGGUUUGCUCCGAGAACAAAAUCGCCACCACUCGGUACCCCUGCCUGAAGCCCACGGGCGAGCUCACCACCUGCUUCAGGAAAAAGUGCUGUAAGGGUUAUAAGUUUGUUCUUGGACAGUGCAUCCCUGAAGACUAUGAUGUCUGUGCUGAAGCUCCUUGCGAACAGCAGUGCACAGAUAACUUUGGGCGAGUCUUAUGCACUUGCUACCCUGGGUACCGCUAUGACCGGGAGAGGCACAGGAACAGAGAGAAGCCUUACUGCCUGGAUAUCGACGAGUGCGCCGCGAGCAAUGGGACGCUGUGCUCUCAGAUCUGUGUCAACACCAUGGGCAGCUACAGGUGCGAGUGUCACGAAGGCUACACGCGGGAGGCGGACGGCAAGACGUGCACCAAAGGAGAUAAAGCUGGGCUUCCUGAGAAAUCUGAAAAUGUGGCAAAAUCAGGGACAUGCUGUGCCUCUUGUAAGGAGUUUCAUCAAAUAAAGCAGACGGUUUUACAACUGAAGCAAAAGGUUGCUUUGCUACCAAAUAAUGCUGCUGAUCUUAGCAAGCAAAUCACUGGUGAAAAAGUGCUUGCAUCUAAUGCAUAUAUCCCUGGCCCCCCAGGCCAGCCUGGUCAACAAGGCCCUCCAGGGGCUCCAGGACCAAAAGGGAGUCAAGGAGUUCCUGGGUCACCUGGACCUCCCGGACAGCCAGGCCCUCGUGGAUCAAUGGGACCUAUGGGCCCAUCUCCAGACAUAUCACAUAUUAAGCAGGGCAGGCGGGGCCCCGUGGGCCCACCAGGAGCCCCAGGGAGAGAUGGUAGCAAGGGCGAGCGAGGCGCACCAGGACCAAAGGGGAUACCUGGCCCACCAGGUUCAUUUGAUUUCCUAUUGCUGAUGAUGGCAGACAUCAGAAACGACAUCGCUGAGCUGCAAGAGAGAGUGUUUGGACACAGGACUCAUUCAUCAACAGAGGAGUUUCCAUUACCUCAGGAAUUUACAAAUUAUCACGACACAGUAGAUUUUGGAUCUGGGGAAGACUACAAACCACGGGCAGCACCCAGAGACUCCAGGAUACAGAAGGCAGCCCAUCCUUAGCUACGCCUACUGAAAAAUAGAGCCCCGUUAGAGUUCUUCAAUAUAAAAAUGCACUGACAAUGUAAAAAAAAAAAAUAUAUAUAUUAUUUCCCAGUUUUCUCUCUGCUUUUCCCCAACUGUGCUGCCUGUACUUUAGCUUUCCUGGUUCAUGGUAGCCUCCUUGCAGUAAUUCGAUACCGUCAAGCCUGCACUUUGCAUUGUACCUAGACUAUAAAAAAAACCUUCUUAGUAUAUAAUACAUUUAAGGCAUGCGCUAGCUAAUGGCACAGACCACAGCAUUUCAUCUGCCUACCUUGCAUUCUAUGUCCAAAUGACCCAGUACCCAAAUUUUGGCAGUGGUAGAAGGGGAGCUGACCAUCAUCUCUGAAUGAUGUCAAUAAUUAAAGCCUUGUUCCACAUUUACUUUAUACAUGUAAAUGUAUUAUACCACUGAACUCAAGUCUCCAGCUACUGUUCCCAGGCUUAGGAGACUGUGAAAAGCGGAUCCCUGUUUCACAGCAGAGGCCACCUGUAGGUGAAAUGUAUUUUUCUAUUACGUCCCACCAAAGGCCAAAAAAAAAUAAAAUAUUGUGAAGCAGUGAUAAAAGGGCGCUGCUUCUUGAUCUGGAAAUUAUUGGGCUUUGUGUUGCUAGAGUAUCGUUCAAAGAGAUUCAAAAAGAUGUCUUUGUCUUAAACUAACACUACUUUUCCCUUACCGUUUUCCCUCCGCUCAGUGUGACGGCCAGUUCCCUUCCUCAACAGAUUAAUGCUGCAUACAUUACACAAAGACAAGCAAGAGAAUAGGGGAUAUAUAAAGCAGGAAAACCAAGCACAAGUGAAUCAAGUAGGCUUAUUGGGAAGCAGAAGGAGUCAGAUUCUGACCUCCUGUAGGUGCAUGUCUUCCUCGGUGAAAUGCUGAAGUCCAAGUGAAAUCGAGAUCAGAGAGAGGCCACGUGUUUGCAAAGAGACUCCGUCUGUUUUGUUCCUCUGCUGCGUGAGAGCAACCUAAAUGGCGUUCACGGAACUGGAACACAGAGUUGCAGUGUGUUUGGCUGGGUGUAUGAGGAGUAUGAGUAGGUGCAGGAGUGCACGUGACAAAACCUUUUCAGCUGGUACGAGGAUGGCUAAGGUGAGGUACUGCACAUGCGAUCCUGCAUUUGUGAAGGGGGAUGAAAGGGAGUGCCCUUUUUUUACACUGGAAAAUUGGAUGCACAAGUUAGACCAUACCUCACGGAUGAUGUGUGUUACCAUUUCUUUGGGAUUACGACAGCUGCUGAGGACUUUGCCAUGCCUAGAAGAUUAAGGAGUAUAUUAAGCACAAAACUUCAAUGUUGUAUCUGUGUAGCUGCUACGUCUACAGUAUGUUUCGUGCUGGGUUGUGUCCAUGUUGCAAAUGCAAAGAAAAACUUGUUAUUUUGACACGUUUUUCUGGGCUUGUAUGUUCUGCUAGAAUAAAUACAGGUAAAAAUAUAAGAAGGCCCAUUUCAGAUAACCCGUAAAGGUUUGGAUUCCUUUGCAUAUUCUCUGGGCCAAAAGAUGGUGUAAUCCCUACACCACCGGAGCAGGUCAUGUUGUAUAAACAGCUGGCUGCCUAGACCUUUCGUAUCUUUUGUAUAUUAUCUUAAGAGAACGUGUUCAUUCCAGUCAUUGCUUCCCAACUCCUCGCUAUCACUAUGCCACAAGCAAGGGCAUUAGCUUUAAGAACAUUAAUGUUCUGUACUCCGUGUUAUAUGUAUAUCAAUAUUUACAGAGAAAUGACCGAGUUACUGGGAUAGCUUAGAAAAAAUGAUAAGCGCUCUCACCCUGUGGUCUUUGGGCUUCUCCUCUGGGAGGAGCUCUGCCACCAGCUGCAGAGCCAAGUAGUUUUGUGAACAUGGUAACAGGGAAAUAAGUGAGAUUUGGGGAAGGAACCUGUGGCCGAAAAACAGAUGGCCUUACAUACAGCAGGCUGAAAGACAGAAUGAACUGAGGCAUUUAGGUCUUAUUUGCUUAUUUCAAGCAAGCAACUAGAUAUAAAUAACAUUGUUCAAGAAUAUGCAAUUUUAAGUAAAUUUGUUAAAUGUCAAAUGUAUUAACACUUGCAAAUUAUGCAGCUCCUGCAUAUGUUUACCACCACACCCCAUCACCUGCUGGAUCAGGUUGAUUCCCACUAUAGAAUUAGUAGCUGCAGUUUUUUGGACCAUCAGAUACAGAAUAAUGAGUUAGGUGUGUGACUUCCUACAUACCAACUAAAUUCUAUUGCUGCCUGCCCACAAGAAGAUGUGUUCUGGAAAAGGCACUUAAUUUAGUUCUAAGUUCUGCUUUUCCAAAUGUGGACAAAUACCAAAUGAGAAGUUCCUACAGUUUGACCAUCAAAUUCAGGGGCAGGUGACAAUUUACCCUGCUGUGCAUUAGUAUCCAGGGAAGGGAAAUUCUGAGACUGGGCCAGAAAAACAGAUAAAAUACAUGCCUCACUGGAUGUACCGAAAGCUCAGAACAUACAGACUCAUGAACAUAAAAUAUGGCACAUGUUUGUGUGCCUUUCUGAAUGGAAACCUCAGUAACUUUCCUUUCUGGAGUCUGCAUCAUCGGUUUUCACAGCCUAGAGCUGGGUUUCCAACAGACGUGCUCACUCCGUAAAAAAGGUGAAGGAAAAUGCCCCUUGGGUCUGUCCCUGUGCUUCACCCUCCUCUUUCCAGACUCCCUGCCUCAAAGCUGUUGGCUGAGUCUCGGCAGCAAGAAGGGGAUGCUAUGGUAAAGAGAAGUGCGCCUGGCAUGACACAGAAAUGCCUGCGGGAGAGAGAGCCCCUCUCAGCACAGCUGCCUGGGAAGGUUCAGCCUUCUGUCUGCGUCGGGCUAACUUCUUUGCGUAGAGCUUUCUCAUUUUAUUUCUGAUUAAUUGUAUGAUAACUUCCAUAACACACCAUAUCAGAAACAUUUCAUUAAGAUUUCUCGAUAAACACAUACAGACCCUCAGACAGAAAAGUGACAUUUUCUUCAGCAUACCUAAAGUUUUAUAAAGCCAGACCAGAGCAAUCAUUUCUAAUUUUAGGCUUCGUUACCGGGGAGCCAGGGAAGUCAUUACUUUGUAAAUUAUUUAUUAAUCUGUGGCCCCCAAAACACCACCACCCUCCACUCCGCCCCAAGAAUCCAAAAUAAGAAUGUAGAAACAUCUACACUCAUGCCUAGUUUCAUUACUAGGCUCAUGCACAUGACAACUUUGUUUCAUAUAAAUACUAUGUAUAAUUUUAUUAGAAAGAAAUAUUAUUUUGAUGUUAAGACAUCAAGUUAUAAGCAGAAGGAUAAUAAAGAGUUUGUUAUUUUAUUAAUAUUAGAAAUAUAUUUAAUGGAAACAUUUGCAAGAGUGUGUAGUGAUGGGAAAGUGCUGAUUGUUAAUGGGUUUAACAAAAUCGUAAAGCUUGGAAAAUGCUUUCUUUCAACAGUGUGCCAAGUACAUAUGGGAUUAGUCUUUCUUGCAAAGCUAGAGUACUGACACAGAUGAAUAUAGUCAGGCUACAUCACGAAAAGGAGAAGUAAAUUGACUGUAAAUGGAAUUAAGUUAAUGCCUGGAGUUAUUGUUGCCAUCACAGCGUGAGUAACCAUCUUCUUAGAAGUAUUUCAGAGUUAAUAUGCUAAGCCCCAGAGAAGCAACAAGAGGGGGGUGGGAUCCAAGAAUUUGUUAAUUUCAUGAUAAAAUCCAUAUGUUUGUUCCUAUUACACAUUCCAAUAACUAUACUGUUCACUUUAUUUAUAUAUGAAAUACUAAAAUGUGUAUAAAAUGA